AUGAUUGAUUUGUUGCUUUGGUUUAUGGCAUUCUUUCAGACAUUAGCAACAUUGAAUCUUUCGAAGAAUAACAUCAAUGCUGUAGGGAUAGAAUAUCUAGCAAUUGCAUUGCAAAAUAAUACAGGACUUAAAGCGCUAGAUCUUUGGGAUAAUAACAUCGGUGCAAGAGGUGCUCAACAUUUAGCGAAUGCAUUACAAAAUAACUCGACAUUAACAACACUAAAUGUUGGUUGGAAUGAAAUUGAUAUAACUGGUAUAGAACAUCUAGCAAAUGCAUUGCAAAACAACAACACACUCAAAUCUUUGGAUCUUGGUUGGAACAAUAUUGAGAAUGAAUGCGCACAACAUCUAACCGAAGCAUUGCGAAAGAAUUCAACACUUGUCACGAUGGUUCUUGUAGAAAAUAAACUAAACGCUGUAGGUGCAAAAUAUAUAGCUAAUGGACUGCAGGAUAAUUCAACGUUAGUAGAACUGGAUCUUUGUUGGAAUACAAUUGAUAUUGAAGGAGCAAAAUAUUUAGCAGAUGCACUUCAAUAUAAUUCAGUGAGAUAA